AUGAAGGAGACGGCGACGACGGUGGUUAGGAGCUGCGAGCUCUGUAAUGGCGAGGUGGCGGUUUGUUACCCGUCCGAUUUCGCGUUUCUGUGUUGGAGCUGCGACACCAAGGUUCACGAUGCGAACUUUCUCGUGGCUCGACAUAUUCGGAAUAUUAUUUGUUUGAAAUGUAAAUCGUUUACCGGACAUCGCGUUUCCGGCUUCGGCGUGGCUCCGAUUGCCAGUCACUGUGGUUCGUGUUCGUCGCUGCCGCCGCCGGAGGCGAAAGAGGCUGAUCUCGCCGACGCGGUUUCUUCUUCCUCCUCGUCGUCGGCUUGUGUUUCGUCUACUCACUCCUCCAGUCAAAAGAAUAUGAGCGAUCAGUCUUCGGAGUCGCUUCCUUCGCGAACGAGUUUUCGAUCGAGGUGA